CACAGCCGGGCUGGGCGGCGGGACAGCGGGUGCACGGCGGGACAGCGGCUGCAGCCAUGAGGGAGAUCGUGCACAUCCAGGCGGGACAGUGCGGAAACCAGAUCGGGACCAAGUUUUGGGAAGUGAUAAGUGAUGAGCAUGGCAUUGACCCAGCCGGAGGCUAUGUCGGUGACUCAGCGCUGCAGCUGGAAAGGAUCAAUGUCUACUACAAUGAAUCAUCUUCCCACAAGUUUGUACCAAGAGCAGUCUUGCUGGACUUGGAGCCGGGAACCAUGGAUAGUGUGCGCUCUGGUCUUUUUGGUCAGCUCUUCCGGCCCGAUAAUUUCAUCUUUGGACAAACUGGUGCAGGAAACAACUGGGCUAAAGGACACUACACAGAAGGGGCAGAGCUGGUUGACUCUGUUCUUGACGUAGUGAGAAAAGAGAGUGAGCACUGCGACUGCUUGCAAGGAUUCCAGCUCACUCACUCCCUGGGAGGAGGGACAGGGUCUGGCAUGGGAACCCUGCUCAUCAGCAAGAUCCGAGAGGAGUUUCCAGACAGGAUAAUGAAUACCUUCAGUGUCAUGCCUUCUCCUAAGGUUUCUGACACCGUGGUGGAGCCGUACAACGCCACGCUUUCGGUCCACCAGCUGGUGGAGAACACGGAUGAAACCUACUGCAUCGACAACGAAGCUCUUUAUGACAUUUGCUUCCGUACCCUGAAGCUCACCACCCCCACCUACGGAGAUUUAAACCACCUGGUCUCUGCCACCAUGAGCGGGGUGACCACAUCCCUGCGUUUUCCGGGCCAGCUCAAUGCCGACCUCCGGAAGCUGGCAGUGAACAUGGUCCCCUUCCCGCGCCUUCACUUUUUCAUGCCGGGCUUUGCCCCUUUGACGGCGCGGGGCAGCCAGCAAUACCGGGCACUCACGGUGCCAGAGCUGACCCAGCAGAUGUUCGAUGCCAAAAACAUGAUGGCAGCCUGCGACCCGAGGCACGGCCGGUACCUGACGGUGGCCACCGUCUUCCGCGGCCCCAUGUCCAUGAAGGAGGUGGAUGAGCAGAUGUUGGCCAUCCAGAACAAGAACAGCAGCUACUUCGUGGAGUGGAUCCCCAACAAUGUCAAGGUGGCGGUGUGUGACAUCCCUCCCCGUGGCCUCAAGAUGGCCUCCACCUUCAUUGGCAACAGCACUGCUAUCCAGGAGCUCUUCAAAAGGAUCUCGGAGCAGUUUUCCGCCAUGUUCCGGAGGAAGGCCUUCCUCCACUGGUUCACGGGAGAGGGGAUGGAUGAAAUGGAAUUUACGGAAGCAGAAAGCAACAUGAAUGACCUGGUUUCAGAAUAUCAGCAAUACCAAGAAGCAACAGCAAAUGAUGGAGAGGAAGCGUUUGAAGAUGAUGAAGAAGAGAUCAAUGAAUAAAAACAUUAGGUGCAAGAUUUUUUCCAGGCCAAGUUCUCAAAUCUGGAUUUCUGAUAAUUAGGCUUGUAAAUCCAUACUUACAUUUAAAAAGCAAUAAAAAAGAGAGAAUGAAUUUCAAGUGUUAGAAGGGCUCUUCAGAGUCUGUCUGGAUCACUGAGGACACUCAGCAUUGCUGGAAAUUGGGCCAUUUCUAUUCAUGAGACAAAUGUAAGGCAUUCAGUUAAGACUUUGGCCUAAGAGUCUGAAUGUGGAGAUUGCUGGUUUGGGAUCUUUUUUCUUUAGGGCUGUCAUCCCUAAAGCUGCAGAAGAGAAGAUGUAAAAUAGGCAUGAAAAUCUACAAAUUAGAGCUGCACUAUUGUCAUCCAGUUAUGAGUAAGAAAAUCUUGUGAGCUUGAAGUAUUCUGUACCAAAUGUACAAUGCUAAACUGCCAGAAACAAAAUUUAUUCAUAAUAAAAGAAAAAGUUUUUAGAUAUUCUGUGCAGUAACUGUUAACAGUGAUAUUUGAUUCCAGUCCUCUAAAAAUAAAAUAAAAAUUAAUAGUACCCUCUCAA